AUGAGCGACGACAAGUCCCAGAUCAAGAUUAAGUUCUUCACGAACGAAGAAGAUGUCUCGUUGCAAGUUUCAGAUGCUCCUUUGUAUGUUCCAGUGUCAUUGAAGAGAUAUGGCUUGUCAGAAGUAGUGAACCAGCUCUUGGGAAACGAUGGGGAGAAUGACGAUUCGAAGCCAAUACCGUUCGAUUUCCUCAUAGAUGGUGUAUUGUUGCGUACUUCGAUCCAGGACUAUUUGACGAAAAAUGGACUUUCCAGCGAAACGUUCUUGUCUUUAGAAUACACAAGAGCUGUACUUCCACCUUCUUUCCUUGCAUCUUUCAAUAACGAAGAUUGGAUUUCCUCUCUUGACACGAUAAACAAGACUUUGCCCAGCGUUACAUUGUCGAACAUGAUGAUUUCACAGCCCAAGAUCUUGUCCGGCUCAUAUGACGGUAUAGUUAGAACUUACAACAUGUCUGGAAAUGUAGAGAAGCAAUAUGUGGGCCAUUCUGGUCCCAUUAGAGCCGUCAAGUGGGUUUCACCUACUAGAAUCGUUUCGGCUGGUAACGACAGACAAGUAAGAUUGUGGAAAACGUCUGCUGACGAUGGAAGUAUACCCGAAGAGGACGAAGAAGCUGAAGACGGUAGAACGUUGGCUAUUUUAGAGGGUCACAAGGCUCCCGUAGUGGCAUUGGCUGUCGAAAACACUUCCAACAGGAUAUUGUCUGCUGGUUACGACCAUUCUAUUGGAUUCUGGUCUACAAACUAUAAGGAAAUGACGACUAUACAGCCUUUAGAAUAUGAUUCUAAUGUUUUAUCAUCGUCGUCCAAGAAGAGAAGAAAGAUGGCUCUUCAAGAUUCGACUAUUAGACGUCGUUCUCCAUUGGCUCUUUUGGAUAGCCACACUCAACCUGUAGAAGAUGUUAUUUUCGACAACACCGACGCCACCGUUGGUUACUCUGUAUCCCAAGAUCACACCAUCAAAACAUGGGAUUUGGUUACUUCUCGUUGUAUCGAUACCAGAUCUACCGGCUAUUCAUUGCUCUCUAUCGUGCAGUUACCCAAACUGAAGUUGUUGGCUACUGGUUCUUCUGCUCGUCAUAUCAACUUGCACGAUCCCAGAAUAUCCAACAACACCACGGAACAGACCACUUCCAAACUCGUGGGCCAUACAAACUUUGUGGUCAGCUUGGCUGCUUCACCAAAUAAUGAUAACAUGUUUGCAUCUGGUUCCCACGAUGGCACUGUCAAGGUUUGGGACAUAAGAACAGAUAAAUCUUUGUACACUAUCACUCGUGAAUCACCAGAAGCUGUCAAGGGUGCCGACAAGGUGUUUGCAGUUUCGUGGGACAACGAGAUCGGUAUCAUCAGCGGUGGCCAGGAUAAGAAGAUCCAAAUCAACAAGGGUAGCGACAUAUCUAAGUAG